AUGGCGUACCGAGUGCUGGAGGUCACACUCCUGUCGGCCAAGAACCUAAAGAACAUGAACCUCUUCAGCCGCAUGGAGGUUUACGCGGUGGCCACCAUCGCUGGCUACCCGAUCACCCAACAAUGCACCCCGCCGGACCCCCACGGCGGCCGCAACCCGACCUGGAACGCGACGGUCUGGUUCGCCGUCCCGCCCAUCGCCAGGGAGGCCACCUGCGGCCGCCUCCACAUCCUCCUCCGCAUGAAGCGCAUGUUCGGCGCCGACCGUGACGUCGGCGAGGUCAUCCUGCCCCUGGCGGAGCUAUUUACUGGCGUCGGUUGCCAUGGCUGCGACUACAUCGACGGCCCCACGCUGCCGCAGUUCGCGUCCUACCAGAUCCGCAAUGCGCACCGCCGAGACGCGCGCAGCGUGCUCAACCUAACGUACCGUCUCGGUCCGGUCUUCACGCCGCAGCAGCAGCAGGUAUGCAUGGUACCUCUGUGGAUGUGCGAGAGAGACGUCGGGUGGCCGGUCCUGUCAUGUCCGACGCAUCAGGGGAUGCCACCCCCGCCUCCGCCGCAAGCUGCACUUCCCGGGCAUGUGACCGCGGCGCCGCCUUCCAAACAAGCCGGCAGUAUGCCUCCGCCGUCUUCGCCGGCAAAACCGGCCAGAAAUGCGGACGUCCCGCCUUCCUCUGCAAAACCAUCCGGGCAUGUGCCCGGGCCUUCGCCCGUGAAACCGGCCGUACAUGGGACCGUGGCGCCGCCGACACCGAAACCAGACCCACCACCUGCAAAACCAGAAGGGCGUGUGGUCGUGGUGCCGCCGUCUUCAAACUCAAAGCCAGCCGAACAUGGCGACAUGCCACCGUCUCUGAAACCAGCCGCACAGGUCAUGUCAGUGCCGCCUUCUGCAAAAACAGUCCAACGGGUGGUCUCCAUGCCGAAGUCAUCUCCGUCUCCAAGACCAAUAGGGAAGGUCGUGUCCAUGCCAUCUUCUCCAAAACCAGUCGAACGGGUCGUAUCCAUGCCGAAGCCGCCUCCAGUGCCAUAUGAUCAUGUCUCUGUGCCGCCAUCUCCAGCACCAUAUGCCAUCUCCAACGUCAUACGGUCGUGCGUCCGUGCCGGCCUCUCCAACAUCGGAUGGCCGUGUGUCUAUGCCUGCAUCUCCAACACCAGUCGGCGGACAUGA